CGCACACAGUAUAUUAGUCAUAUCUGACUGUAGUCGAUGCAGCAUUCGCAGACAACAAAUUAUAUUGGUGUGAUUUGGGUGCUACUCUUAGUCGGCUAUGCGCUACAGAUUGAAGCCUGUGGAUGGUCCGGAGCACGGGCAGAAGCAGGAGGCGGCGAAGGCGGCGCAGGCGGUACAAUGGAGUGUCGGUACGACGUGCAGCAGUAUCUCAGCAGACAGUCACCAAGGAGUCAGGCCAGGCUGCUGUCAUUUAGCAGCUAUGAUAGGCGCAAUACUGGCCGUGUGACCCUGUGGGACAUACAAGCUACCAUACCAGCCGAGAUCCCACGCUGUGUAACAGUGCAACUCUUCAGAGACGCGGACGCUAAUGGUGAUGGCACAGUUGACUGUUUAGAGCACAAAUUGGCCAAGUUCUGGCUGCCGGAGCAACGCAAUAAAAUUUCUUGCAAUCGGCCAGGACAAGCUCCCUCUAUUCGGACGUCAAGAAAUCCCUUUAUCUUCAUCAAACCAGCGUCAAAUUCGAGAGUAUUCGCAUUCUAUUCUCGAAAUAUUCGCCAAUAGUUUUAAUUGGAAGGAACUAGAUCAUGCACAGCUAUGCCAAGUGGUAGUAAUCUUAUCCUUGUCUUAUGAACACAUAUAUACUAGAUAACAGUCACAAACCUUGUUAGGC